UGCAACAACUUUAGUUUCUCGGCUCCAUUUCCUCGUCUUCACCGACGCUGCCCUGCCCCCACAGUCCAGUCCGCUCACCUCACCGGGACCACGAACUUCCUCGCCCCCGAACUCACGCGAACAUGUACCGGUGUUUCGGAGAGCUGCUCAGCCGGGGAGCCGGCUCCGUCCUGGCCGCUGACUCAGCACUGCCGGCGUCCGCGUCCCUGCUCCGGCACCGCGGAUACAGUCAGGUCGCGGACCAGGACGACGACCCGAACUUCUUCACCAUGGUGGAAGGCUUCUUCGACCGCGGAGCCGCGAUCGUGGAGAAUAAGCUGGUGGCGGAUCUGAAGAGCCGGGACAGUUCCGAGCAGAAGCGGAAGACGGUCCGUGGGAUCCUGCGUGUCAUCAAACCGUGUAACCACGUCCUGAGCCUCAGUUUCCCCCUGAAGAGAGACAACGGAGAGUGGGAGGUAAUCGAGGCUUACCGGGCUCAGCACAGCCAGCACCGGACACCGUGCAAGGGAGGGAUUCGUUACAGUACAGACGUGUGUAUGGACGAGGUGAAAGCUCUGGCCUCACUGAUGACGUACAAGUGUGCUGUGGUCGAUGUUCCGUUUGGUGGAGCUAAAGCUGGAGUGAAGAUCAACCCAAAGAAUUACUCUGACGCUGAGUUGGAGAAAAUCACGAGGAGGUUCACGAUCGAGCUCUCAAAGAAAGGCUUCAUCGGGCCUGGUAUCGAUGUUCCGGCUCCAGACAUGAGCACAGGGGAGAGGGAGAUGUCCUGGAUUGCCGACACCUUCGCCACCACCAUGGGAUACAAAGACAUCAACGCUCACGCCUGCGUCACAGGGAAACCCAUCAGUCAGGGAGGAAUCCACGGGCGGAUCUCUGCCACCGGUCGCGGUGUUUUCCACGGCAUCGAGAACUUCAUCAACGAGGCGUCCUACAUGAGCCAGCUGGGCAUGUGUCCCGGCUUCCAGGACAAGACCUUCAUCAUCCAGGGUUUUGGUAACGUUGGUCUUCACUCCAUGCGUUACCUUCAUCGCUUUGGAGCCAAGUGCAUCGGAGUCGCAGAACUCGACGGAAGCAUCUGGAACCCCAACGGUAUCAACCCCAAAGAGCUGGAGGACUACAAACUGGCCAACGGGACGGUCGUAGGUUUCCCUGACGCUAAGCCGUACGAAGGAAACCUGCUGGAGGCCGACUGUGACAUCCUGAUUCCUGCAGCCGGAGAGAAACAGCUGACCAGGAGCAACGCCCACAAGGUCAAAGCAAAGAUCAUCGCAGAAGGUGCUAACGGUCCGACCACACCUGAGGCUGACCGCAUCUUCCUGGAGAGAAACAUCAUGGUGAUCCCGGACUUGUACUUGAAUGCCGGUGGUGUCACGGUUUCGUACUUUGAGUGGUUGAAGAAUCUGAAUCACGUCAGUUACGGACGACUCACCUUCAAAUAUGAGCGAGACUCAAACUACCACCUGCUUAUGUCUGUCCAGGAGAGUUUAGAGAGGAAGUUUGGAAAACAUGGAGGAUCCAUUGGCAUCGUUCCUACAUCUGAGUUCCAGGCCAGGAUUUCUGGAGCAUCUGAGAAAGACAUCGUUCACUCAGGUCUGGCCUACACCAUGGAGCGUUCAGCCAGGCAAAUCAUGAGAACAGCUAACAAGUACAACCUGGGUCUGGACCUGCGAACAGCAGCGUACGUCAACGCUAUCGAGAAGGUCUACAACGUUUACAGGGAGGCGGGGCUAACCUUCACAUAGACCCAGCGCCGCCCACCACCACGUCUGUUACUUAUCACCUGUUCGGGAUUUCAUCUUCACCUUCACUUUUAUCGCUCUGACAUUUUCUUCUUCUUCUGAAAUUGAAACCAGACAAACCUCAAGCUUUAAACUUCAAACCUGCUGCUUCAUAAAAACACUCAAGCCUUAAAAACACACACACACGCCCUCAAGUUUGUACUGCAGUGACAUUACAUACAAUAUUUUCAAUAAAAAAUAGUUUAGGAUUAAAAAGUUUCUGAGAACAAACAUGCCCAAACUUUAACUGGCUGAUUAAUAAAUAAUAAUCAGCAAGAACACGUGCCAGUCUACCUUAAGUUUGAAGUAAUAAACUUACUUCAAAGUUCCAAAGAAACUUCACAAAAAAACACAGAAUGAUCCUGAACGGUUAGCUCGUGGUUUAGCUCGUUAUUAGACCGAAUAGUUUGUCAUCUUUUCUUUUCCUUUUGAGGUCACGACGUAGAGGACACUCAUACUAAAGCUAAUGCUACGUAGUAAUCCAUGUGGUGAAGCUAACGGUCGAGGCUCGUUUACGAUCAAUGUCGGAUUCGUAAAGGUUUGAAUUGUUUUUGUUCAGUGAUGCCAAACAAGAAUUUGCUUUUUCUCUUUUUUUUUGAAAAUGUUUGAAACCAAAGUUUAUGUUUACACGAUAAAAGGUCACAUGACGUGCGCUUUCGUCUGAAUGGAGAUUAUUUUUCACGAUAUAACGGAAACAUAGUAGCGUGGAUGUAGCCUCGGAAACAAACUUUGGUUAACUAUGCAAAUUGUUUUUUGUCCCGAGGAACGUCAGCGAAGCGUCUGCUGUGCUUUAAGUCUUUAACCAGGUCAAAUUAAGGGAAGUGGGAAUUUGCUCUCUGUCGCUAAAACAAACUUUAAAUCCCUGAGUUCAACUUUUCUAUGUCGGAGGAGUUUUUAUGCUUUUUUUUUGUUAAAAUGAUAUAAAUUUGAAACAAAGUCUG